ACUAUUCUAUAAUCACUAAUCCACCCCCUCUCCCUCUCACACUAACCAAUUCCAUUGCUCAUAAUUCGGAAUCAACCCCACCCCCCAAAUUCCAUAAACCCAGCUGCAACCACGAUUUAUGCUUUAGAGCUCAAAUCGAACUGCCUUAACCAUGGCUUUCGAUUGCAACAAUAAUCACCGGAAACCACUAUUGUUUUCCGAUUUAUUCAAAAACCACCAAAACGACAAGGACCAGCACGGCGCGGCUUCCGCCUCUGCCUCCAGCUCAAGUUCGAAUCAGUUCCUAUCGUCGUGGGACUCCUCCUCCUCCGGCUUCAGCACGCCGCUCCGCUCCGACUUCGGCUCGUCAGAGGGGGACGACGCCGAUUUCAUCGCCGAUUUGACUCGUCAGAUGGCCGAGUGUAUGCUCGACGAUGAAGAAACCGCCGCCGCCGAUACUGUUUCUGAGGCGAGUAGCUACGAUAACUUGGACGCCAUUAAUAACGAGUCGUACUCGAGUUCUGUCCGCAUCGAUGGAUCCUCUCAAGCGAGUAUGAAGGUCUAUGAGUUGAAGAAUCAGCCGCAGCGCGCGACUCGGGGAAGACGACUGAGGCGAAGCGAGUCAACUCAGCAGAAAACAGAGCAGCAAUAUAAGCAAUACAGAGGCAGAGAAUGGGGUGGUGGACCUGUGAUAAAUGGUUAUUCCGGGUCGGUUAUGCAGGCGGUUUUUCUCGGCGGAUCCGGUCCGAGAAUCGGGUCUAGCGGAACCGGAGUUUUCCUGCCCCGUGAUCCGACUGAACCCAAAACCAAAUCAGGUUGUUCUAUGGUGUUAAUGCCAACACGAGUACUUCAAGUGCUUGAGAAACAUUUCAGCAAAAUACAAGAAGAUUCCAAUGCUCCACCACCACACAGUGGUGGGUCCCCAAAAGAGGAAGGUGAAUCUAGAAUAUCAGAUGGGCUUGAGAUGCAACUGCCGCAAGAAUGGACGUACUAGCUAUCCUAUACGCCCGAUUAAUAAUGUAGGCUUCCUCCAAAUUGACAUCAAGAACAAUAAAAAAAAUAUUAAUUUGGACAGCUUGGGAAAUAAUAUCUUCAAGAACACAAUAAUAAAUGAGGUUGAGAAUAACAUGGCUAUCAUUCUCUGUAUGUAAAAUUUAGUAUGAAAAUGAUGGUCACUUCCUAUUGGAUAUUAAUAAAAUAGUUGCAAGUUGCAUAGAUUUGUAAAUUAUGUAGGGUAUGUGGUGCUUCUUCCUGUUACAAAGUUUGCUGCAUUAGUUUGUCGCAUUCGUUGCUUUGAAUAGUGGAAAUUAAAAUAUCAUUUGGUGAUCUUGUCAUUUUUUGAUAAAA